UCGGCGGGAUUAUGGUGGUCGUGUAGGGCCUGGUUGCGCAGGGUGGGCGGGCGGCACGGUUAGUAAAAAUGACCACAGCAGCAAGGCCAACAUUUGAACCUGCAAGAGGAGGAAGGGGAAAAGGAGAAGGAGACCUAAGUCAGCUAUCCAAACAAUAUUCCAGCAGAGAUCUUCCUUCUCAUACUAAAAUCAAAUAUAGACAGGCCACUCAGGAUGCUCCUGAAGAGGUGCGUAACCGUGAUUUCAGAAGGGAGCUGGAGGAAAGAGAACGGGUUGCUGCAAGAGAAAAGAACAGAGACAGACCAACCAGAGAACACACAACAUCAUCCUCUGUGUCUAAGAAACCUCGACUAGACCAAAUUCCUGCAGCAAAUCUUGAUGCUGAUGAUCCGCUUACAGAUGAAGAUGAUGAAGAUGAAGACCUGGAAGACAGCGAUGAUGAUGACACUGCAGCUCUUCUGGCUGAACUAGAAAAAAUCAAGAAAGAGCGAGCUGAGGAACAGGCUCGAAAGGAACAAGAGCAAAAGGCUGAAGAAGAAAGGAUUCGAAUGGAGAACAUACUGAGUGGCAACCCAUUACUGAACCUCACUGGCCCAGCACAGCCGCAAGCAAACUUCAAAGUGAAGAGGAGAUGGGAUGAUGAUGUUGUCUUCAAGAACUGUGCCAAGGGAAUAGAUGAAACAAAAAAGGACAAAAGAUUCGUAAAUGAUACUUUGCGAUCAGAAUUUCACAAAAAGUUCAUGGAAAAAUAUAUCAAGUAGUACAGUUUUAUGUGCUUUGGUGCUGAAGGACUUGGAAGGUCAUGGUUGUUUCCUCCCUCUCCCUCAGAAUUCAUGGCUGAAUACUUUAGUCAUGAAUUCCCAAAUGCUUUUCCAAGAUCAUAACAGUUUCAAAAUUAAUAGUUGCUGUGUAUCUGAAGUAUUUUCUUCUUUCAGUGUGCUUUCCUUCUGGAUUUUAAUUAAACCUCUGUGUUUCACGAAUGUUUUUUUUGUUGAUAUCCAUUUGCUUUUAACAGGCUUCAUGUAAAUGGUAGCAGAGAGAAUCUGGUUUGCAAUAAAUGUUUCCAGCUGUUUAAAUUGUUUUCAAAACAAUCUGUAUUUGUAAAGAUGGUGGUUUGUAACUCAUACAAAUUAUGUAAGUGUAAAUAUUAUCAAAGAUAGGGAAUAGCUGAGCAUGAUAAGCUGCAUGACCUGAGAAGACCUGUAGUUUUUGUGUCAAAGUGGACUUGCCUCCCUUUUAUAGCUAGUCAAAAACUUAGUUAAUACUUCCUCUUUAAUUGCUUCUUAUUAGCAACCAAGCUAUGAUUUGGUGGGAUAUCUCCAAAUUAGCCCAACUUUCUGGAGUUCUUGCCUGAGUUUAAAAUCUUGGCCAAGUGAUGCACUAGAUAUGACCCUUUUCAUUUCUGUGGAGGUUGAGCAUUACUUUCUGUUCCUUCUGAGAGGAUACAAUGUAAGGUGUAGGGAAGCAUUGAAUGAGGAAUAUGUGUCUCUGGAACCCUGAGUUUUGUUUCUCUUUGAUAAAUCGUUCUAGUGCUGAUCCUUCAGUCACAACCACAUGGCUAUAAGGCUCAGUCUGUUUUUAUCUGAUUCAGGGAUAAUACCGUUGCUGGAACCCUGAAAUCUGCUCAUGAGUGCUUUUAUUAAAUGAAUUAUUUAAUCAA